UCUUGCCCCCCUCCCUCCCGGUGAAGCCAGUUUGACAGAUUCCAUUUCUUAAAACCCAUCGCCUUUUUGAGUGUUUUGCGUACAUUUGGAUGUCGUUUUCUUUUAUUGCCAUGUUUUGAGGGUUCAAUGGUUCCACCUGCAGGAGGCAGCAAACGACCGCUCAAUCCUCUAGCCGAGGCUCACCCUUGGGCAUUCCAGAAUUGGAUGAGUGCCCAAAGCGAAGGAUGCGGGCUGCCAGCCUGUGCCAGUUUCCACUUGGGACCAUGCGUGACAGAACCGACUCCUCAGAGAGGGACAGGAAAGACUCACCCGGAGGAAUGUGCUCUCCCCGGCCACCCCAGCAGCUGUGGAGCUGGUCCCUGGCGCUCCCAAGGCUUUCGUACCCUAGAGACAACCCGUUCCGCCAGAGGAUUGCCCAGGUCUUCUCCGAGGAUGGGGAUGGCCACAUGACCUUGGACAACUUCCUGGACAUGUUUUCUGUGAUGAGUGAAAUGGCUCCCCGUGACCUCAAAGCCUACUAUGCUUUCAAAAUCUAUGACUUUAACAACGAUGACUACAUCUGUAUGUGGGACCUGGAGCAGACGGUGACCAGGCUGACGCGGGGGGAGCUGAGCGCUGAGGAGGUGAGCCUGGUGUGCGAGAAGGUGCUGGAUGAGGCCGAUGGGGACCACGAUGGGCGGCUGUCCCUGGAGGACUUCCAAACCAUGAUCCUGCGGGCGCCCGACUUCCUCAGCACCUUCCACAUCCGCAUCUGAGGACCACGGAGGAGGAGCCGGGCUGGAGGAGGGCAGGGAGACCCCUCAUCCCACUGUAGAAUCUGGACUCUGGGA